GGACGAGGAGGAGGAGGAGGGGGAGGAGAGUGAGGAGGAGAAGAAGAGAGAAAAGUGAGCUCACAUUCACAGAUUGGUGAAGAGGCUGGUCUUGCGAUCCUUUGAAUAUUUUACUUUUAGUCAGUUUCCUUUCCUAGUCAUACACACAGACACACAGACACAUGCUGAAGUGAACCACAGUGAUGGGCUGCACUGGCAAAUCUGAAAUCUGAUCAGACACAAUCUCUCUCCCUGGUUAUCUCUGUUACAUACCUCUGCCUAUCUAUAUAGGCAGGCAGAGAGGGAAAGAGGAACAGUAUCAGCCAUACCAUCACCACCAAACAGAACACCUUAUCUCUUCUUGCUGGUACACACACAUACACACACACACAUACACACACACACGCACACAUACAGAGAGACAGACUCACACACAUCUCUUCCUCUCCUCCUGGCUUCCCUGGAAGAUUCUGCUGGCUGUUUUUCAUGGAGAAAGUCCAAGGAGAAAUGGAGAUUGAGAGAUGGGAAAGAAGCGAAGAGAUAUCAGAUGCAGAGAAAAAGGUGAUUCAGGAGACAUGGAGCAGAGUGUAUGCGAACUGCGAGGACGUUGGGGUCUCCAUACUGAUCAGGUUUUUUGUCAACUUCCCAUCUGCCAAGCAGUACUUCAGCCAAUUCAAACACAUGGAAGAUCCACUAGAGAUGGAGAGGAGUCUGCAGUUGCGCAAACACGCCAGACGGGUCAUGGGGGCUAUUAACAGUGUGGUGGAGAACAUCUAUGAUUCAGAAAAGGUCUCUUCUGUACUGGCCCUGGUGGGCAAGGCACAUGCUAUCAAGCACAAAGUGGAACCAGUCUACUUUAAGAUUCUCAUUGGUGUAAUACUGGAAGUGCUUGCAGAAGAAUACACCAAUGAGUUCACUCCAGAAGUGCAAAAAGCUUGGGCCAAGAUGAAAAGCCUCAUCUACACUCAUGUGAUCGCCGCGUACAAGGAGGUGGGCUGGGUGCAGUAUCCGAACUCUACGAUGAACCCCCAGGUGACAGCAGUGGCGGCAGCAGCCGGAGCAGCAGCCAAGUGACAGAGCCCCUCCCACAGACCUGAAAAGCUGUUUCUCAGUGAGGAAUAAACUGGCACCGGAUCAUAACACCCAAGAGAACUACAUCUGUCUCCUUUAAUUAUCCUGUGUACAUAUUAGUGAGUGGAAGUGCUUUAUGAUUUCUAUAGCUCAGGCCAGCAAAGCUAUAGAACACCAGAUGUGCAUAAGCACUCUCCCUGAAGUAUAAGACAGGCAAAAUUUAAAUCAUGUACACUGUGACGGGGGGAGGGAAUGUCUUUAAUUUCCCCAGAGGGAAAAAUAAACAUUAACUAGAUCAAGACUGUUAACAACUCAUUCAUGUUUAUAGCUCUGGAGACUGCAAUUUUUGUCUGCCUUGCAGAGCCCAUUCCAUCGAGUGCUGCUGAAAUUUCAGUUUUUCCAUCUUUUUUACUAAGAUGAGAAUUUAAUGCUCUAAUACUAGAACUCUGCAAGUACUUUUGUGUGCAUACACCACUUCUGAGUAAUUCUGUGGCCACCUUUUAUUUAAAAUACUAGAGAUAUGUGCAUAAGUGCUUGCAAGAUCUAGGUCCAAAAAUGUAUCCGCAUGAUUCAUUCAGAGCCAUCUCCUUCUGGGAUCCACUUGAUCAUAGUACAUCAUAGCCUAGAUCUGAAAUCUUAAUGAUGGGUCAAAUUCAAGUCUUGUCUGUCAUUUCUGAUUUUCUUUGAUGUGAACUCCUCUAGACUGGAGUUUCUCUGGAAUUAUAUAAACAGUGUUUCCAACUCUCACUGUUCUGUCGUGAGUCUUAUAUUAUCUAGUGUAUCCUCCCCUUAAAGAUCCAACUUGAGGAGUCAAGAGACUACCGGAGAGUCUUUCAAGGAGGUUUAGCCAAAGUUUGAAUAUGUAAAAGGAGUGUAAUCAAAAACCAAAAUGAAUCUAUUGAAAGAAUGUCAAUAUAUGUAUUUCCAUAUAUGUUAUUAUGCCUAAAAUAUGUUCAGGGGUGGGAAGGGGGAAUCAUUAUUUUAAAUCUAUGUAUUUUGACUUUCAGACUUAAGGCCCACUGAUUACAUUGGGCUUCUUCACAAGUAAGUCUGCAAUGACUUUUAUUCUUUGUUACACAUUUAGACGACAAUCCUAUGCGCAGUUAUAAAAGUUUACUGCAAGUCUGUAAGACUUAUGCAGGCUUAACUGGACACAGGACUACAGGUUUCAGAGUUGGCAGUACUAAAUCAGGAUAGACUUGGUUUUGUCAGUACAAUGAACUUUUAAAUUGGUUUUCUUUUAAUUCGUUCGCUCAGAUGAUAUUUGGAAAGAUUUGGUAUUUAUCUUUGAUUAAUUCCAGCAGGUAGGGUUGCUACCUGGCCAGAAAUAAAACCCUGACUGGCUGUUCCUGGACUUUUCUCAGAAGCUUAAGCUGCAAUAAUCUUGGCAGAGGAAGCUUUUCAUGACACCAAGGCAGGCAUUAUCAUCCGGCAAUGUCUGCAGAUCAAACUGCUACCUGGCAGUGUCUGCAGAUCAAACUGCUAUCAAAGGCAGGGCAGCAGACAGUCUCGGUAGGAUGCCAUUUUAAUAGAAUAUUUGCUUUAAAAAAAUGUUCAACUAAAAAAAUGUGCAUUAGCAGGACACUUUAAAAAAAACAGCCUUAUUCAAAACUAAUGUGAUGGGGCAGGCGAUGAAAAGGUCUGAGAUUUGAUAAAUAUCUAGAAUUAAACAAUGAUUAUAUGCCAUAAACCAAAUGUACUUUGCUGUUAACUUGAAAGCAGAAGAAAAUGAUAUUUUUGGAAGAGAGAGACAUACAUGCUACCCAAUUAUCCUUUUAAGCAAUACUUCAGUAUUUAACUUUUCAGUCCUAUAAAUUUCAAUUCAUAACAGUCCCUCUUGGCCUCUUUCCGUCUCUCACUCUUUUUUUUAAUGGGGGAGGGGGUGAUGGUGGGAAAAUUCUGACUGUUAUAUUUUCCAUACACAAAAAGCUAAACUUUAUACUUUUGACUUAAGUGAUUUUUAUUACAUAUGAGAAUGAAACGGUCAAGAAAGAAUAAAAGCAGAAGAAAAAUUCACUGAAUGUCUUGCCUGUUGUAAGCCAGAGGAAGAUGGUUUAAAGCUGUGGAAGGAGGUGCAGGUAUUAGGUCUUGUGAAGCAGACUGCAUGGAAAACAGUAGGAUGUAGCUCUUUACUGACUCUUACCAAUUCAAAUCCAUUCCUUCCAAGCCUAUUCUAAACUGUGGGGUCCCUUGGGGGGCAAGAAGUUGUUCAUCAUUUGGGUUGUCUGUGAACAGCCAUGCACAACAAUGGCACUGUAUAAAUAAUAAAUAUCAAUACUUAUGAUUUAACCGUGUAUUUUAUAAAAUAGGCUUUUGGUGCUAUGACAAGUGAUUUGUGAAUGUUCUCCUUAUCGUAUUAUAUUCCUCUUGUUUACUAUCCUACGUACUGAUUGGUCCCUACUGUAAUUUUCCUCUGUAUUAUUUGUAUGACCUGUGUAUGCUGCCAAUAUGCUGUCUUGUGGUUUUGUUUUAAUCUUUAUACAUCUGUUCCUUGUUA